AUGGAGAAAAGUCGGUCGAAGAGAGGGAAGACGAGGGAGGAGGAUGGGGUGGUCUCCGACGGGGACGAGCCUCAGAAGAAGGUUCCGAAGCCCGACGACGAUUCCGAUGAGUCUGACACCAUUUUUAUCUGCGAGCUGUCGAAGAAUCGGAAAGUGUCGGUGAGGAACUGGAUGGGGAAGGUUGUGGUGGAUAUUAGGGAGUUCUACUUUAAAGAUGGCAAGGAAUUCCCUGGCAAGAAAGGCAUCUCAUUGAGCAUGGACCAGUGGAAAAUUCUCAGAGAUCAUGUGGAUGAAAUUGACAAGGAGAUUGAUACAUAAAAACAUGAUGGGGUUUUGGAUGGGAGCUUCAAGUAGAAAAAUCGGAACUAGUUGAAUAGCUGAAUGACCUACUGCCUAGCAUCAUUUCUGUAUAGAACAGUCUUUAGGAAGUCUUUUUGGGGUCUGUAUUUUCUUGAACUAUCGAACUUAGCUUGUAUACUCUUACAAUAUCCCUACUUUGAUGGCCGGUUACAUCAGUACUUUCACGCAUUGCCUGCUAUCAUUUGUACCAUUUCACUCUGCCCGCUUCGUUUCACAGGCUUGGCCAGACUGAACAAGAUGGGUGUUUGCUUAUUCUAAUUUCUUGUAGCGAAGUGUACUUUCUCUUCAUUUAA